GUACUAGAUAAUCUCUUCAGCGCUCAGCUCCGCUCUCUGAUCCUCAACCAACCAGACAUCACCUCUGAAGGUUCCACAUCUGGCCCCUCCCAUUCUCCCUCCCAGGGAUUGGCUGGUCGUGGCAUGGGGGCGGGUCCUGUGGUCCCCAGGUUGUUCCUAGACUUUCUGCGCCGACAGAGGAUGUUCCGUGGGGGGAGCAGGAGGAGCGCCACCGCCAGGGGAUGCUUCGGCAUGAAGGUGGACCGCAUCGGAUCUAUCAGCGGUCUGGGAUGCUGA